AUGGGUUCAAUCCCGCAACCAGACUUCAAGCUUUCCGAUGUCGAAGUCUCCGACGCACAGGACAUUGGGCGGUAUGUUGAGGUGCCCGCCAUGCAAAAUGGACCUUUAUACCGGACGAUGUUCCCUCAGUUCAACACAGCCACAGAAGCCCAAAUGGAGGAAAUAACUCGCUAUGAGUCGAGAAAGAGAGAAAAAGCACCAAAAAGCUCCUGGCUACCGGACACACUUAAUCGUAUUGGUGAAGAAACUGACCGGAAUGGCCGAUGUGCAUAUGUGCUCGCAGCACCGGAGGGUUUUCCACUCUAUUCAAAGUUUAGUUUAAAGGUCGUAGGCCAUGUUGAGACUAAUUAUGGUAUAAUUACAAGCAUGUUUCGGCCAUCUCGACGUGCCUGUUAA